GAGAGACAUACUGGCUUUUAAGUGGCACAGAAUAUGUUGUUGGACGCAAAAACUGUGCAAUUUUAAUUCAGGGUGAUCAGUCCAUCAGUCGAAAUCAUGCAGUUCUGACAGUAAGUCGCCCUGAAACGACCCCGGGCCAGUCUCUCUCAGUCCCUUUAUUAACAGUAACAGAUACAUCAAAAUAUGGUACCUUUGUUAAUGGUUCAAAACUCAAUGGCACUUCAGUGUCUUUGCAAUCUGGUGACAGAAUCAACUUCGGAGUCUUUGAGAGCAAGUUUAGAGUGGAAUAUGAACCUUUAGUUGUCUGCUCCUCAUGUUUAGAUGUUUCUCAGAAAACUGCUUUAAAUCAAGCCAUCCAGCAGCUUGGAGGUGUUGUAGUGAAUGAAUGGACACAAGAGUGUACUCAUCUUGUAAUGGUAUCAGUAAAAGUUACUGUUAAGACUAUAUGUGCUUUAAUUUGUGGUCGACCAAUUAUAAAACCAGAGUUUUUUGCUGAAUUAAUCAAAGCUAUCCAGUCCAGGCAACAGUUGCCAAGUCAUGAAAG